AUGGACGGACUGGAGAGGAAGUUGAAGGAGGGUUUGGGCGCAACUUAUGUCGAGAUUGAAGACUUGAGCGGUGGAUGCGGGCAAAUGUACGAGGCUAUCAUCGUAUCACCACAGUUCGCCAAGAAGACUACUCUAGCACGACACCGGCUAGUUAACUCGACAUUGAAAGAGGAGAUUGCCGCGAUACAUGCAUGGACGCCUAAAUGUCAUACACCAGAAGAGUGGGAGAAGAAGAAGCCGCAGUAA